AUGGCUUUGGAUGACAUGCGACGGGCCACUCGUAUGGUGUUCUGUGAAAAAUUGGUCCAAGAGAUUCCAUUUAGCAAUAACUACAUCGGGAUCCAACAAGCGCUUGAAGAGACCAGGGAAAGGACAGACCAAGUCAAGAGCAUCAAGCGGAAGGUUGAUGAAGUAAAGAGGGCUAGAAGCCAUGCUAGAGACUGUCAAAACCUGGAACAGGAGUACACAACACUCGAGGAUCAAGCGCUACAGAAGAAGCGGUGCUUGGAAACGCUGCUUUAUGUAAAUGAGGUCGAAGAUAUUCUUCAGAAUGUCCAAUCAGAGUUCGAGGAGCGGGCGCUCUAUCUGACUGAGCGACCAAAAGUUUUCGAGAGCGUCUACAGAGAAGAUGACGUCACAGCGUCGGCAAGCAUGCACAAAGAGUGCGUCUACGCAUUACGUCAUAGCUGGGAAUGGUUGUCAGAAGUAUCCGGCUGUAUCCAUCAACACAUACGUCAUGCCGGAGAAUACCACCGGUUUUUCCAUGACAUCCAGUUCCUGGACGAAGACAUGAAGAAUUAUAUGGGGUUAAUGAACAGUGAAGGAAUGAGGUCAAAGAUCGAGACAAGGGAACCGGAAGCCUUCAUAAACCAUCUUAAGGACGUCACCAGAAGGCUGUUGGACUUUCAAGGUCGUGUUGACCGCCUGAGUGACACCAGUACCACUAUCUACCCAGUACAUCUCAGAAGAGAUACACCCAUCUACCCCACCAAAGUCAAGUCCCUUGUGGACUAUAAACACCAAGAGAUAACUCUGAUUCGGGAGAGAUGGCAGAUACGCAGUAAAUCCGGCGCAGAAGCGGAAGUGCCCGGUGUUAUACUUGUUAUUCCUCCCCCGGAAAAGAAGGCCGUUAUAGAGGCACACAGGGUUAAAGAACAGAUGAUUGUCCACUGGGACACAACACUGAAACGUCUACGGACCCAGCUUACGCAAUUCAUCACCAACAGCAUUGAUGACACUCCAUCGUCAGAGAUGGGAAACAUUUCUACCUCACAAAAAGCCGAUCUUAUGAAGUUGAUGAACGAGGCUGUUCAACUAUUGCGCCCUUUAACUGCGGAUGAUCCUGACUUCCGCGAUAUGAUGGCAAACGUCACCAACUUUCGUAAAGUUCUGAGCCAGGUUAAACCAGGUGAUAAUGACUCUAUGAAUGGCUCAGCGCAAAGGUGGCGAUGUAACGGCAAAGUCCUAACCCAUUACAAGGAUUUACUGACAUAUGCCAAGUCAUAUAAAGAGCACGUGGCCUCCCGGCGUGAACAAGAGAAACUCCUCAUCAGGGAAAAUAUAGAAAUAGGAAACAGGUUCAGUUCAAGAGCUUAUUUCGAAAGAGCGUUACCCCUGAUAGAUGUUGAUCUAACAACAAAAGAAACUGUAUGGAGUUCAGUCAAAUCGGAGAUAUAUAUUCAUGAGCGGCAAAAGGGUGGGCGACCAGUGGCGCCACCUAGAAAGAGGAGACAACUGAAACGCGUUGUGUCUGUAGCCACCACAGGGGAGUCUGCGGCAGACCUUCCUGAUUCUAUAGAGGAGAGUUCCUCCUUCGUUAUGUCGGGUGUCCUUGAUCCAAGGACUCGACAGAAGAUGAGUGUAUUCCAAGCAAUGUCUCAGGGUAUUCUUGAUCCGGUUCAUGGGAAAUAUAUUAAUCCGGAUACGGGAGAAACCAUGUCAAUACCGGAAGCAAUUCACAAGGGUCUGAUUCAAGUGGAUUAUAGGGAACACCUGGCAAAUGGAGGAAUAAACGGGGAUGGCUUCUCUCCUCUAAGGAAUACCAUGGAUACGAAGAUAUUCCCCGUGGCGGGUGUGGUGGAUCCAAGGACUGGAGAAUGGAUCGGUGUCAAGGAAGCUAUCUCCGCUGGUAUAUUAGAUCCUAGGUCUGGAAAAUACCACAAUAUUGUAACAGGUGAGGAGGUUGAUCUUUUGGAAGCCGUACGGAACGGUUAUCUUGUGGCUGACCCAGCCCUACUUGAAGGAUAUGAUGGCAGUACUCCUUUCACUUUCGUGGAGUUUACAGACGUUUCUUACAAGGUAACUGGAGUUAUCGAUCCUACCACCGGCCAAGAGGUGUCGCUCAAACAGGCGAUCACCGACGGCUAUAUCGACAAGGCAAACUCUUUGUACAGGAAUCCUCAUACCGGAGAAGAAAUUCCUCUGGAGGACGCAAUAAGGCAGGGCUUUGUCAAAUGUGUGCCGUUACGGUCAUCAGAAAGGGGCAAUCCGGACGAGGUACUCACUGUUCAACAACUUCAGGUCAAACAACAGAAAUUUAUUUCGGGUGACGGUGAUACCAUGGAUGGUUUCGAUGAACUUGACGGGCUCAGAAAGAACCCAAAUCGUGCUAUGUACGAUAAAGUAAGGAAACAUUUCGAUCCGAACGAAAGAACAGUAAUUGAUCCAAGUGAUAACCUACCCAUCUCACUCGAGGAAGCUUUCGAAAAGGACAUUAUCGAUUUCGCCAAAUGUGAAUUCAAAACUCCAAAUGGUGACAAAUUAUCGUUAGAACAAGCUGCUUCCAGAAAUCUGAUAGAACCAGAACUUCUGAAAGAAAUUCUUGAAGCAUACAAAGAAAACAGUUUGGGUGAAUUGAUCGAUUCGGGUAGAUUUGAUGCUGAGACAGGACUGGUGACGGAUCCGAAUAGCGGGACAUACAUUGUCACUUCAAGCUGCUAUCUCCCAGAAGCUUAUUGACCCAAAUCUUAUCUUCCUCUACGACAUGCC